UUUCUCCUGAGCGGGCAGAGGUGCGUCCUGUGUUUACCAGCGUGGCUGUCUGAGUUUGUGGCUCCUGGAGCUGAGUAAGCAGCGCAGCCAGGAAUCCCACUGCGCAGUCUGAAGAGGUGGGAGGCUGAAGACCUUCAGGGUUUUUUUUUUUAUCUGAGCUCAAAUCGAAGUUGGAAAGUACUUUUUUUUUCUUUUUUGCAACUGAGUGAUUGCAUUAAUUGUCUGAUCUCCCUGCCGAGGCCAGCUGCAGUUUCAUGAGCUCUGAGGCGCUUUCACAUCUAAAAAUCCCCAUGGAUUUCGUGGGCGACUUUGACUUGAUGAAAUUCGGCGUGAAGAAGGAGACGAUGCAGAGUCUGGAACGCGCAUUCGUCGGGCCGUGCAGUCAGCUCCAAAGGCCAGACUCCGUCUCCUCCACCCCUGGCACCACUCCGUGCAACUCGGUGCCCUCCUCUCCAAACAUCAACCCGCACGAGCAGAGAAACACCCCCGGGGGCGACCACUUCUGGAUGCACAACAACGGCGGAUACCCUCAUCAGAUGUACCCCCAAGCUUUUGGUCUGACCCCCGAGGACGCAAUGGAGGCCCUCAUUGACGCGACGCAGCAGGGGCACCCCACUGCGCCCCACAUCCACCACCCUCAGCCCUUCCAGGGUGACUACGAGGGCUACGCUCACCUGAACGAGCCUGUCCACCACUACGCGGGCCUCCCCGGUCACCCCGACAUGCAGGGCGUCCCGAGCAGCCACUGCCAGGACACAUAUCUCAAGGAUGAAAUCGGGUGCGAGUCCCCGCAGUCGCCGGAGGCCCAGCAGGUCGUGGGUGCGCACCACCCUCUCCAGCAACCGCACCGGCGAUCCACCAGCGAGAUGCACUUCUCAGACGACCAGCUGGUGUCCAUGUCCGUCAGAGAGCUGAAUCGGCUGCUGAGGGGCCUGAGCAAGGACGAGGUGAUGCGUCUGAAGCAGAAGCGGCGGACCUUGAAAAACAGAGGUUACGCACAGUCCUGCCGCUACAAGCGGGUGCAGCAGAAACACAUCCUGGAGCACGAAAAGACCAGCCUGGUGUCACAGGUCGAGCAGCUGAAACACGAACUCAGCAGGCUGGUCCGAGAGAGGGACGCAUACAAACUCAAAUGUGAGAAACUGUCCGGGGCGAACUGCUACCACGAAACCGGCUCCACCAGUGACAACCCGUCUUCUCCUGAGUAUUUAAUAUGAGCUGCUUGCUGUUUUCCACAAAGAUCCAUUCAUGUUGAUUUCAUCCUCUUUUAAAAAUCAUCCAGAGAAAAGACUCAAAUGAUAGUUAAAGCAAGUUUUCAGUGGAUCAUUGCAACCCAAAACAUGCAUGCAGGACAUGUAUGAAUGAGAUGUUUUUAUUUUAUACCGUCAUAGCAUAUCUGUAUUUUGGCUGACAGAAAUACUUGAAAUCAGAAUAUAUUUGCUUUUCUUAACAUACAUUUAAUCUCUGCUUCAGUUCAAUGCUUGAUUUUCAUUUUCAUGAUUUUUGCCUUUUUUUAAAAAACACAAAAAUUCAUUUUUUAUGCCAAAACUUUUUUAAAUCUCACUUCUUUCAUUUGUAUGAAGCUGAUUCUGCUGGACAGACAUGUUAACUGUUUGCUUCUCUUUUACAAUCAUACAAAUAAGGCAGAUAUUCUUUUAAAAAUCGAAUUUGUUUUUCAUUGAUGAUUCAAUAAACCAUAAUGUGACUUUUUAAAA